GAAUUUAACGGAACUAAAGUAGCGGGAAUUCACGGAAGUGCUAAUCCUGAUUGUACGUCGAAAAAGAUUUUGCGUCAAUUUGCAGCGGUAGAUAAAGAAAACAUGGAUUUGGGAAUUGAAAUUAAUAUAAUGACGGAUAAGCAUGUAGAGGUACAAGUGCAAGUGGAAGAACAAGAAAUGACUACUACGGAUGAAGAACAAACGGUAGAAGCACAAGUGCGAACGACAUCGAAGCAGAUAGACGGUGCGCAGCAAGAACGAGAACGUAUUGACCAAACCUCAAUCUCAGCCUUAAACCUUCGAAAUACACCGAGGAAAUGCUUGCAACGUUUAGGUGUCUUGUACUCCAAUACUGAUGAUUUAUCAUCGCCCAUACACCGUACAGAAGGACAAUUUCAUGCGGAUACGGAGGAAAGAAAAGAAGGAGCGUGCACAAAACCCAAGCGGAAAUUAAAUAAAUUGGCUGCCUUAGCGGAGAGCAUUAAUCAGUGGGAAGAUGAUAUCACCCAUCAUAAUAUAAAGGCGUCGGGCAAAUUGUCGUCCAUACCACCACCUAAACCCGAUUUACCAAGCAGGGGACGCAUGAAAUGCAUUGCGUCCGAUAGUAUAACAGCAAACAAGCAAAUUGACAAUACACGAAAUCUAAAAGACAAGGAUGAAGGAAUUUUUUCACUGGAAGCUCAAGGUUUUGAAAGACGCGAAUCAUUUACUCUGAAAUUGCCUUAUGGAUUUGGUAAAGAACAACGAGAAGUGCAAGAGGAUAUACAGGAAAAGCCUUCAAACAUUGACAAAGAAAAGGAGAAGAGAACGGAGUGCGAUAAAAUAAAUAUUAACAAAUUUGCUAAACAAUCGUACGAGGAAAAGAAAUUAAAUCAACCAGCAGAAAAUGAAAAAGUGGCUACCGCUAAACCUGGCAUAGUUUCAGCUAGGACGGCAUUGUUUGAGAAUCAAACUCAGAAUGUACAAAAGCCUCAGAAAGAUCCGACCGAAUUAUCGCUUAAGGAGCGAAUGAAAUUAUUUGAAAAAAAUAAGGGUGAAGCUUUAAUACCAAAAGCUCCACUUGGCAUGGCUGCACCAAUAGGCAAGCUAUUACACGAUUCUCAAAAAGGAAAGGACGAACAAGGUGCGGUCUCGAGUUCUAACCUUCUGUUAAAUAAAUGCAGCACUGAUAGGAAUGUGCGUGCUAAGGUAGCCGCUUUGAUGCAGGCUUCGAAUGAAAAUAAAAUUAAAGAUGAUAUACGUAAGCAGCGAGAAGAGGAUAUGCAAGUAUUGUCCAAUCGUUUUAAUAAACAAAAACGGCUUCAGGUAGCAACCGGUCAGCAGCACCAACAAGACCAAGGAGAGUUACAAGUUGAGGCACCUACUGGUGCUUUAGUAACACGCACAAAGGCUAUGGUGAAACUUCAAUCUUUAACACCCACGACGCCGCCCUUACCGUCGUCAAAAAGUGCUCCGACUCCCUAUGCAAAAAGGCGAUCAUCAGGCAAUGCCAUUGAUAAUAACAAACGAGCUCGUAAAUCCGCAGGCCUAUCGAAUUUCGAUUCCAAUGAAUCGUUUUCGGAUAAUGAAAUUAAUUAUUGCACAGCUGCCACAGCUCCGGCUUUGAAUAUGGCAGAUGAAAUGAAAGAAAGUCGACAACCUCUUAAUAGAAGAGAUCAGCAAAGAAAUCAACUCCAACAAGAGAAGUUUGAAGAUCGGGAGGAAGAAAGUGAAGACAGUCUUAUGGAAAUCAAAAAUUGCGAAGACGAUGUUAGUGCAGCAGAAGCUUACGGUAGAGACGAAAUACUAAACGAACACCAGGUAUCGAAAACUCAAAGAACUAAAAUAAAGGAAGUACGUUAUGCCGAAAAAGAUUAUUAUAUUCAAAGCAGGCAGCCAGAGAGUUCCUCUGAAGAUUCUAUUGAUGAUUAUUUGGAGGAAGCUUUAGAUGGUCAAGACGAUGGCGAUGAUGAUAAUACCCAAAGCGAAGAUGAAAAAGAAGAAAAAUAUGAUAGUCAUUUAUCAAAAGGUAGCCUUGGGACAACAGCUUCUCAUAGUUUCAGUUUUCGCAAGACACCUACGACUAUUUAUAAGACAAUAGACGGAAAAAGUAAUAACGAUAGCUUCCAAACACCGACCACGAGCAGAGGCACCACAGUAAACGCAAAUAACUUAUCAUCUGGUGGCUCUUAUAUGCAACCAGUCAAAUCAGAGUUGAGUGUAAACAAAGAGAACGAUAAUAUGGUCACACUUGUGCAUACGAGUGCGAGUUCUACAUCUACACCUAUACGUAAAAUUUGUCGUGAGCAACAAGUGCCGCAGUUCCAUAACUUCCAUAGUGAAGAUAGUGAGUACACCGAUGGUGAUUUAACGCAAUCCGAUGAGGAAAUGGAUGA